UUGGUCAUGGAUUAGUGAAUACAACCGUGCGUGUGGAAUAACGUUAAGACUCGUGGACAUCCGUCAAAUAAUCAUUAUGUCUGCAAACGAGGAGCGCACUUUCAUUGCCAUUAAGCCAGAUGGCGUGCAGAGGGGUUUUGUAGGAGAGAUCAUCACGCGAUUUGAACAAAAAGGGUUCAAGUUAGUUGCUUUGAAAUUGAUCCAGGCCAGUGAUGAUCUUCUCAGAGAGCACUAUAGUGACCUGAAGGACCGGCUGUUCUUUCCUGGACUUGUCAGUUACAUGUCCUCUGGCCCUGUGGUUGCCAUGGUGUGGGAGGGUUUUAAUGUUAUCAAAACUGGUAGAGUAAUGCUUGGGGAGACUAAUCCCAUUGACUCCAAGCCUGGGACGAUCCGGGGUGACUUUUGCGUACAGGUUUCUCGGAACAUCAUCCAUGGCAGUGAUUCUGUAGAAAGUGCCAACGCCGAGAUCAACCUGUGGUUCAAACCAGAAGAACUCUGUGACUACUCGAAAUGUCAGCAUAACUGGCUCUAUGGCUGAACAUUUUUCUGCACAUCUUCCUCCGUUUCAUUUUCACUGUUUCUGCUGAUUGUCUUUAUAGUAAAAACAAAAACUCAUUUGUUACAUAUUAUGAAUAAAUUUAGAGUGAGAAGGAACUAAA